ACAACACACUGAAGACAGUCUAAUCGUGUGCCGUUCUCCUCGAGUGCUCAGCCAUCAUGCCUCUGUGUUGGGCAUCACAUGUGCGUGCGUUCAGACACGCAACAUUCCUCUGUAUUGGCUUCAUCGGACUGCCUUUAGGACCCAGGUUGUCUCCUUUGUAGUUGUUCGGAUGCGAUGAGGGGAGACCGAGAUGCGCUUCUUCUCCUAUCACGAUUCGCAUCGCGGCUGAGCGAGCCGAGCCGAACCGAACCGAGCUGAACGGGGCAGCUUAAAGCCAGGACCCGCUCCAGCACCUGCUCGUCCUCCCUUCUUUUCCUCUUAAUUGCUCUCCAUUAAAAGGCUGUGUUUUUUAUUUUUUUUAUUUAAUAUUGUUUAUUAAUCGAAAGCCUAUAUUUUUCCGGUUAAUUUCCGUAGAGUAUGAGACGCAGAGCAUCAUCUGAGGAGCAUUCCUCUUGUUGCCUUGGACCAUGAAUUAUCAAUGCUGCCAGCUGCGUUCCUGUGACAAGUCUCCCGCGAACGGAGGACAACAGCGGUGAAUUCUUGUUAACUUUUCUGCGCAUCUUUUGACGUUUCCAGCGGCAGCAGGUACUUCUUCCACUUGAGAGGGAUUCCCCCAGAAAUACUAGGGCUUCGUCUUUACAUUGUUGUGGGUCUCGGUAACCCGGAGCUCCCGCUCUUCCCAGCGGCUGUCGGCGUAGAAGCAGCGAUGUGGAACAAGGAGGGCACGUCUUCACUCGUCUUCUGCCUGCUGGUGCUCACGGCUCUCUGGGAAAGCAGAUCGGUGAACGCCGUGUCGGAGAACAUCACCCUGUUCACGCUCAUCCUGGACAGACUGCUGGAUGGAUACGACAACCGUCUCCGGCCAGGUCUGGGAGACAGGGUAACCGAGGUGAAGACCAACAUCUUCGUCACCAGCUUUGGACCSGUCUCAGACACCGACAUGGAGUACACUAUAGACGUUUUCUUCCGGCAAAGCUGGAGGGACGAGAGGUUGACGUUUCACGGGCCGAUGAACAUUUUGCCCUURAACAACCUGAUGGCGAGUAAGAUCUGGACUCCUGACACCUUCUUUCACAACGGGAAAAAGUCUGUGGCGCACAACAUGACCAUGCCCAAUAAACUGUUACGGAUCAAAGACGACGGGACUCUGCUCUACACCAUGAGGUUAACAGUGCAUGCCGAGUGCCCAAUGCAUCUGGAGGAUUUCCCCAUGGACUUUCACUCCUGUCCUCUAAAAUUUGGCAGCUACGCCUACACAACCUCAGAGGUGACUUACGCCUGGACCCGAAAUGCUUCCGACUCRGUGGUGGUGGAAGAGGAGAGCUCCCGCCUGAACCAGUACGACCUGCUUGGUCAGACUGUUGGACAGGAACGCAUCAAAUCGAGCACAGGUGAAUACACAGUGAUGACGGCUCAUUUCCACCUAAAGAGGAAGAUUGGUUACUUUGUCAUUCAGACGUACCUGCCGUGCAUCAUGACAGUCAUCCUUUCCCAGGUGUCAUUCUGGCUAAACAGAGAAUCUGUGCCUGCUAGGACUGUGUUUGGCGUGACCACGGUCCUCACCAUGACCACUCUGAGCAUCAGCGCGAGGAACUCCCUGCCCAAGGUGGCCUAUGCCACCGCCAUGGACUGGUUCAUCGCCGUCUGCUACGCCUUCGUGUUCUCCGCUCUGAUCGAGUUUGCCACUGUCAAUUACUUCACAAAGCGCGGCUGGGCCUGGGAUGGAAAGAGUGUCGUAAGUGAGAAGCAGAAGAAAGAGAGGGCUUCUGUGAUGAAGAAGAACAACGCCUACGCCGUAGCGGUGGCCAACUACGCGCCGAACGUCAGCAAGGACUCCGGCACGCUCCCGACCAUCGCCAAAGGCGGCGCCUUGGAUCCCGGCAAGGCCAAAGCGGACGGCAAGGCCCCGGAAGCCAAGAAGACGUUCAACAGCGUCAGCAGGAUUGACAGGCUGUCGCGGAUUAUGUUCCCGGUUCUCUUCGGCGGCUUCAACCUCGUCUACUGGGCCACCUACCUAAACAGAGAACCGGUUAUAAAGGAUAUGGUCCCGUCCAACUAGAACCCGGCUUUGGGCGGGUUCCGGCCCGUGGUAGAGACGAACCAAAUACCUCCAGCAACUGCGGUACACAUACUUUUUGCAGCCCCGGAUUGCAGCGUGAUCCUCUUUCUCCGCCUGUUUUCUACACCGUCUGCAGCACUUUUGAAGAAGCCCGGCUUUUGUAAAUGUGUACGUAUAUUUAUAUAUUUAAGCUUUCAUUGUGAUACAUCGUGUGGUUACUUUGAAUCAAGUGCAUAUUUCCUUAAAAGUUAUGUCUACAGAAACCUUCACGUGGCCACUGUACAUACAAACCAAAUGGAGAAAAGACCCUGGACAUUCACACAUGCAUUUUAUUUACCAAUAUAUUAAGUGUGUUCACCUAUAAGAGGUAAAAUCACAGUAUUGUUUUGUUUUUUUGACUGGAAAGAACUGAAAAUAACUUUUUUUGGUUUCGUUCAUAAUUAUUUGAGCAACAUAAUUAUUAUUAUUUUUUUAAGUAAAUAACUCACAUCUGUAUAAUACUGUUCCUGUUUUAUAUUAUAGUCUGGGACAGAAGACAAUUGAAGCUAUCUUAACUAAAAAAAAAGAGAAAAGGUUAAAAAAAGAAAUCACUCGUGUGUCAGAAACAAUGUCUGUGUUUUUCCAGCGUUUACGUGUCGGGUUUGAUUUCAGUGCAGUACUUCCAUAGAAAAACCAAGCGAAAUCAGGGGGACUCUGGUAUGAAAUUCGAAGUGAAAGUAUGAACACCAGGAAAUGCCGUCUUGGCUGACUGUUUAGCAUUAGCAUCAACGUUAACAUUUAGCUGUGAUCAUGUUACAGGGAAUGGCUUUAUGUCAGCGCGUGGUUUCAUUUUAUCCACAUGCAUUUCUUUCACAUCCCUCCCUUCUUCCAUUUCAACAAAUCAUUUCCAGCCUGCUUGUUUUCAGCAUAUUUCAUAAUAUUGUACUUUGAUGUUUCUGAUUCUGAGCUUUUCUGAAUAUGAAAUGGUGUCAUGUGCCAUGAGAUGCUUUGUAUCAACCAUGCUGUACUUCAACCAUGACUGGUGAACAUUUUGGAACUGAUUUGACAACCUACAAUUCAAAGUAAUCUCCAAUAAUCUAUAAAAUGGUUGACAGUAGGGAGAUGUGGUUAAUGUCUGUCAGCUGGAGGUCGGACUGGAAUCAGAACUGAAAGAAAUGCGGAAAUAGUUUAAAACAAAGUUUUUAGAUAAUAUGCAAUUGCAUUAAGUCAUACAUGAUUUGAGUGCUUUCUGCCAAUUUAUCUUUAUAAUUACAUCAUCAUAUGCUAUUGUUUAACCCUCCUGUUACAUUGCCAUUACAACGGAUGAGAUUUAUUUUCUGUUUUGCACUUCAAAUUCUAUGGCUGAGCCAAAAAAAAACCACUCAUUAUUUUUUGCUGCCAUACACUAAAAAUUGAAGUCACUUAAAAAAAAGUGGCACAAACAGUCGUUCAUUGCACUUUAUUUUGAUCAUUCUGCAACAUAAAAAUCAAAAUAAAUCCAAGUGGCAUGUUUAUGCUUCCAGUUAUGAGAGGAUUAUUGCAUGGGCAGAAAACGGUGUCUGAUAAAAGUAGAAAAGAGAAAAAAAAUGGUGAUUGUGUAGUUGUGACACAUGAACUAACAGAGGAGUUCAUUUUUCUUGGUAGGUUGAAUUAUAGAGCUAAACAAUCAUAAAAUCUCUCAUAUGUUUUGCUGUUAUUGUUUUAUCUCCAGAGUUUAUAUCACAUGCCUAUGAUUGCAUUUAUCCCAGUUGAAGUCUGUUGACUGGUAAAAAAAACAACAAAAAAACUAACAGAAAAUGACCCAUGAUCUAACCAAAAUAACUUAAAGAAAUCUCCAUAGUGACUGAUAUUUAUAUGAGUCUCCUAUGGCAACUGAGUUGAUGUACGGUCGAUAGGAUCCAUCCCACAUUAGACAACAGCAUUUUACUCCACUUUUAUGCUGCUGUUUUAAAUGUCUGAGUACAUUAUUUCUCUGCAAUCACUUUGUUUCAAUGUUUAUCUUUUCUUUUUUUGUUGUUGUUUUUGUUUGGGGUCAUUUUACGUUUCAAUGAUUUUGUGUAUUAAUGUUCUUUGCUGGAUUUGCUCUUGACUUUUUUUUUUUUAAGCUGUUCAUGCUCAAUUUAUACACAAUAUCAUGAAAAUCAUAAAUUCACCUACAUUACUGUCUCUUUUUAGUGUAAAUGAUACAAAUUUCAUUAAAAUGGUGAGAUGGAAAAACUCCCUGGAAAAAAGGUUUAAAAGAUGAGAGCGGAUGUUUGUCUGUUUACAGUUAUACGAGUCGCCCCCUGCUGGUCAGCUAAAACCUUAGUGACUUUUACACAGAGGUCAUGGUGAUAUGUUUUUUAAUUUGGUGUCAGUCACUGAAAAAAGAAAAAAAAAAAAAAGGCUAAAGGCUUUUGUGGAUUUCAAAUGACUGAUUGCUUUUGCAUUAAGCAAAGGAAAACAAUUUGCAUGAAAAAGACAAAAGGAGGAACUGGAGGUAGAAAAGAAUGGAUGCAGAAGGAACAAACAUGUAGAAGAGGUGUAUGUGUUGUUUUUAUGUUAACUUUUGAAAUGCAACAGUUGUGUUCUCCAUAAGCAAUGUUGAGAUUUGUUGCGGUGGGAGAGACGUUCAAUGGAUAUCGAUCAGAAUCAAGGGAACGUCGCCAAACAUUUCAACGUCACCAAAGACAACUCAUUAAAUCCUUCGAAAUCUGAGAGAGACACCGCAAAUAUCCAAGCAUAUAGACCCGAUUUUAUCUCCAGUUAAAAAAGAAAAGAAAAAAAGGUUGGAUAUCUCUUGUUUUGUUUUUCUUUCACAUCCAGCUAAUCGUUUGUGUUUGUGGCCUGCAGUGAAAGGACACUGUCAAGCUUUAGAGGAAAAUCAGAAGGUACACCCGGCUGUCAUGUAAUUUAUUUCCAUUAGCAUCAAAACAGAACAGGAGCUACCAGUUGUUCUGCUUCACAAACAUCUGGCAUGAGAACAAAAUCUGAAUAUUAAGUUAAAUCCAUGUCUGUGUCAUGAAGUCCAUUAAGUUUUCAAGGAUGAAUUUAUUCUCCCUGAAUUACAGAAAUGUAUGAUGUAAAACAUUUUGUUGAUGAAUUUUGUCUGUCAUUGUGCUUAUAUACCUGCAUAUAAAAAAAUCAUGUUCAGCCUCAUAUAUAUUCUCAUAAAGUGCUAUGUUUUUACUUUACAGCUUAUCAUAUUUAAUUUCACCCUAUGCUUUUACUUAUUUUGAACAGACUUUGCAUGCAGAUUAAUGUCACAUUUCAAGACCUUUUCUCUGGCAUCCAAGCAGAAACUUCAAACAUUCCAGGUAGAGAUGAUUGUUCAGAAGAUGGAGGACUGAUUUAGUGCACAGUUGUUUUUAAUAAAACAAGUUCUUCCA